CAAACUACCUGUCGCAUCCUUGACCACUACCUGCAACCAGUAAGUACUAAUAACAAAUAUAAUGGGUCUUAAGCGGUCUGCAGAGGAUGAUCUCUUACCAACCGGGAAGGUGGCUAAAGCCAAAAUAGAAGGCGAUUGUGCUCUUGCCUUCCCAAGCCUUUCACAUCCAGUUUCACAUUCACCCGCGUUUCAGCGCCCUAGUCAACUUAUCACGUUUUCGUAUUCACCCUCCCGCGUUCUACAAUUUGACGACUCUGCAUUGCGCUAUUUCGUCAAUCCACCGCAUGGUGCGGAUCUCAAUCACGGUUACAAACGUUGGACACGGCGUCCAGAAGAACGUGGACGCAUUGAUGGUUUGUUGAGCGCGUGGUCACGGUUCAAGACAAACCUCAAUGGGCAAAAUCCCGAGAUUGGAGUGAUAAGCUGGAGAGGGGUUAUCACCAAGAUAUUGACAGCACCUUACGAAGAGCGAGAUGCUUGGGAGCUCAAUGUGAUGUGUGUCGACGGUACUAUGUACUUUGAGGAGCAUCUUUCAGAUGCAAGACUAAAGGAAAAGAGCGACCUGGAACCUCGGCAGCUGCUCCAGUCUUACUAUGGAUAUUCAUUUGAAUCGUAUUGCACGUCAUCAACUCCGAACGAACGUAAUCAACAUGCUUCUGGUUCCUCCUCUGGUACCUCGGGCGCUGUUGGCUGGGGCGGCGAUGUUGAUACCAAUGUUCAGUGGUGCAGUGUUGUUAAGACCAAAUUGGGUGAUACGCGGAUCGUCAUUGGUGGAGAAGUAGACUGCGUUCGAGGAAGAUAUACCGGAAAUACUGACAACUUCGUGGAACUCAAAACUUCACUAUCGAUACGUGGCGCACAAGACGAAGCCAGGUUUGAAAAAAAGCUUUUGAAGUUCUAUUUCCAGUCAUUUCUGCUAGGAGUUCCGGAGAUCUUUGUUGGGUUUAGGAAGCCAUCAGGAUACUUGACGACUACGCAAGUCUUCCAGACUGUACAGAUACCUCGUCUAGUUCGGGGAAAGCCUGGCGCGUGGGAUCCCAAUGUCUGUCUAGCAUGGGGAGACCAAUUUAUAACUUUCCUCACGAACACCGUCAGAGGAGGCUCAAAGGGUAAUGUGUGGCGUAUCAAAUUCACGCCAAAGAUAGGGGUCUCUGUUAUUUUGCUAGACGAUGUGGACGUCAGGGACGUCGAAGGAGGGGAACGCCGCGUGGGAUUUCUUCCAAGAUGGUAUUGGGAAGAGAUAAAUGGUGCCGUUGCGUAUGACUUAGAAGUUAAGAGUCCAAGCAAGGAGUGAAGGAGUGUCGUCCAAGAUCAUAUGCUCAUCUGAUCGAGACUCAUAACUGUCAGCUGGGUUACAGCUAUUCUCGCGAGAUGUCUUUUAGACUCACGUGAACUCCGGUUAUCUUGCCGUCGACCUUUUUGUAUCCUGUUAUCUCAAUCUCAUGCCGUGCAACCGGCCGAUCCCCACCGAUCGAACAUAACCCACUUAAACCAACCAUAUGGUUUCUGUUCUGCACUCACUACGCGCUCCCGACAAACGUAAAGGAAAGUGUAGAUAAAAACGAUGACUUUUUCAUUGAACGCGAUGAAUAUUUCUCUGUGAAUUCUGAACCAUUAUUAGCUAUUUGCGGGUAAAAA